GGUGGCAGGCAGCCAGCCGCUCGAUGAAAACGUAGUGCUGCAGCCAGUCUCUGGGGAAUUCCUAAUAUACAUAUAUACGUAGACUUUUCUGGACCUGUAUUGGUGCUGCACCUGGAACAUCCAAGCCUGACGUAUCCUUGGAGUCACACUUAGAGGUCAUUUCCAGUCCUCAUAAGUGGUCAGUGGGUGGUUAGGGGUCAAAGGUCAGGGGGUCCAGUGACCAUGAGGCAGGCCGUGGAGGCUCAGGUGCUAAACCCCCACUGUGAACUUGGAGAACAAGGCCUGCGUCAGAUCCUGACAGAUGUGAUUGAGGAGGUGAGGCGUUCGGUUCAUCAGGAUAUCGACGGAGCCGACAUCCUCCACAGUCUGCUCAACUCUCCCUGGCUGCAGUCGCUGCUCAAGGUGUACGAGUGUCUGCAAAGGCAUCUGAGAAAUUCCCCGCCUCCAGCUCUGGACUACGCAUCAGGACUAGCACUUCAGCUGUUGAUCGACAUCAGAUCGCUGCAAGGCUGCUCUGAAGAGGCCAAAGAGCUGUACCGCCUCCUGAGACAGCCCCACCUACAGGCUCUCCUCUCAGCUCAUGAUACGGUGGCCCAGAAGGACUAUGAGCCGGUUCUGCCUCCGAUGCCGGACGACAUACCGGACGACGAGGAGGCCACCAGGAUCGUAUGUCUGGUCAAGAACAAGCAGCCUCUGGGAGCAACAAUAAAAAGAAAUGAAGUCACAGGGGAGAUCUUCAUUGCUCGGGUGAUACAUGGAGGACUGGCUGAUCGAAGUGGUCUGCUUCAUGCAGGGGACAGGAUCAUAGAAGUAAAUGGGUUUUCAGUGGAUGGGAUGGAACCUGAGCAAGUUAUACAAGUUGUGCAGGCCAGAUCACAAGGUACUAUCAUGUUCAAGGUUGUUCCUAUCACAGAAAGGCCGGUUCACAACCAGACCAUGCUGUAUGUGCGGGCGAUGGCGGACUACAGCCCCCAGCAGGACCCUGCCAUCCCCUGCGCUGAUGCUGGAAUGAGCUUUAAGAAAGGCGAAAUUCUAGAGAUCGUAGACCAGACGGACGCCCUCUGGUGGCAGGCCAAGAAACUGCCCAGCAACAUGUCCUGUGCCGGACUCAUCCCCUCCACCAACCUGCUCAAAAGGAAGCAGAGGGAGUUCUGGUGGUCUCAGCCUUAUCAGCCGCAUGCCUGCAUUCAGACCUUGAGCACUGUAGAGGAAGAAGAAGACCUGAUGGCCCUUGAUGAGAAGUGUGUUGAAGCAGAUGAGGAGGCUUUUGAAUCUGAGGAACUCAGAGAAGAAGAGGAUGACUUCAGCAACAACGCCCAAGGGAUCUAUUUGGCGGGCUUCAGGCGUAGCAUGCGUCUGUGUCGCCGCCGCUCUCACAGCGUCACCCAGCCCUCCUGCCACAACCGCUGCCCAUCCUCCUGCUGCUACAGCGCCAUGAGCAGCCCCUACGAGGAGGUGGUUCGCCACCAGCGCCUCCCACAGGACGCACACAGACUCAUCGCCCUGUUAGGUCCGUCUGGUGUGGGGGUGAAUGAACUUCGACGGCGUUUGAUUGAAACGAACCCCAACAUCUUCCAGGGAGCUAUACCUCACACCACCAGAGCACCCAGAGGAUACGAAGAGUCAGGCAGAGAAUACUACUUCACCAGCCGAGAAAUAUUUGACAACAUGGUGUAUAACAACAGGUUUCUAGAGUAUGGGGAAUACAAAGGGAAUUUUUACGGCACCAGCAUCGAGUCUGUCAAGGAGGUUUUAAACAGCGAAAAGAUCUGCGUCAUUGACAUCGAGCCAAAUGCCAUUCAGGCGGUGCGAACCCAUGAGUUGAAGGCCUACAUCAUCUACGUCAAACCCCCGACACUCGAGCACCUCAGGGAGUCCAGACAGGACUCAUACAUCAUCACCAACUACUACGUCAAUAGACCAUUUAAAGAUGAGGACUUCCAGGAGAUGGAAGAAACCGCCCGUAAGAUGGAGGCGCAUUACUGGCAGUUUUUUGAUCAUGUGAUGGUGAACGAUGAUCUGGAGGACUCGUGCGCUCAGCUUCUUACAGCUGUAAGGAAAGCUCAGGAUGAUCCUCAGUGGGUCCCCGCCAGCUGGAUACGACCCACUGCCGAGUCCUAAGAGGUGAUGCCAAGAUGAAGACAUGUUACUGUGGCAACAAUCUGGGAAUCUUGGAGAUUACUCACCAAAAAAAAGUACUCCUAGUCCAGUUUUCUGAGUGAAAUCCAGUGGUUUAAGUCUAAUACUACAUGUUUAAGGGGAGUAGGGCAUGAAACAAAUCCAAGGGUUUAUUUAGAUCCCGGUGUUUGUGAGGUGCUUUAUAUCUGGUUCAUAAGACGCCACAAAUCUGCAAACUUAACAUGGAGCCGGACUCUAGCUCAGAGAAAUUCACUUUUAGCGCUAAAUAAGACCCUUUGCUUUCUGCUGUUGAAACAUCUUGUUGCAUUUUCAACAUUUUCAUAAAGCUGUGUCUAGGAAUUUGAGAAUCACAACAGGAAAAGAUAAGAAUAGCUGAUAAUUUAUUGGUCCAGAGGAUGAGAUAUGCUGAUUUCCUGCCCUGCUCCCCAGUUUUGUGUUCAGGCCUGCAAUAAGCUAUCAUUUCUUUUUGUAAUCCAUGUUUACAUUGUACAAAAAGCAAAAUAACUUUCUGUUCAAAGUCAAAUUGUAUGUAUUUGUUUGAUUUCUGUACAUUUGUUUACGUUUUGUUAUAGUCUUAAAUGUGUGACUGCAUGGCAAAAAUGGUUUAAGACAGGCAAAACAUAACCAAAAUGUGUGUUUGGCAAGUUCUUACAAAACAUUUUACACUUUGUGUCCUUAUGUGAAAAUAAUCUGAUUUAUGGUCAUAUUUUUUCAAUCUCAACAUGCAUAUUGAUGACAUUUUAAUAUUUGUAACUGUUUGUGACUUGAAUAAAGCAUCUCUGACGG